UCCCUCACCCUCCUAACAUGGAACAUCGACUUCAUGGCCUCCCACGGCUCCGCCCGCCUCGCCUCCGCCCUAAACCACCUCUCAGCCCUCUUCUCCCCCCUCCCAUCCACCACAGCCGUCCUCAUCCUCCUCCAGGAAAUGACAGCCUUGGAUCUCAAGCAGCUCAGCGAAACGCCGUGGAUCCGGGCCCAUUUUGCGAUGACGGACUGCACGCCAGCCACCUGGGACGGGAGCAGUUACGGCACUGUGACGCUAGUAGAUCGGAGGGUGAAGAUAGCGAGGGUGGCGCGGUUGAGGUUUGUGAGUGAGUAUCAGAGGGAUGGGUUGGGCGUUGAUGUUGUGCUGCAAGCUCAACUAAAGGGGAAGAACGGGGAAGAUGUGGAUGUUGAUAAGGUGGAAGAGAGGACGCUGCGGGCUGUCAACGUGCAUCUAGACUCUAUGGCUUCGAAUCCGCCUAUGCGGCCAUUGCAGAUGGCGGCGUUGGGAAGGUGGGUUAGGGAUGGGGACUGUGUUGCUGGGAUUGUGGCGGGGGAUAUGAAUGCGAAUCGCGAGUAUGAUCGUGCGUUACCGAAAGAGAAUGGGUUCAAAGAUGCUUAUUUGGACCUCGGAGGUGUAGAGGGAGCAGUAGAGGGGAUGACGUGGGGAUAUCAGAGUGAGGAGAACAUGGCAAAGCGGUUUGGGCCGACGCGGCUGGAUAAGGUGGUGUUCUGCGGCGAGGUGGGAGUCCAAAGCUUGGAGAGGAUUGGAAUGGGUGUCAUGGUGGAGGAUGAGGCUAUCAAGGCAAAGAUGAAAGCCGAGGAAGAGGUGGAAUUUGUCACUGAUCAUUACGGUCUCAAGGCUGAGUUUUUGUUAAGAGAGGGGGUGGAAGUCGCGACG